AUGCCUAGACAUGCUCAAGAUUCCGCAGCAGAACCUGUUGUAACUACAUCAACGGUAACACUCCGUAUUACACGAUUUUGGAAAGAAAAUCCAGCAAUUUGGUUUGCCCAGUUGGAGGCACAAUUUGAGAACCAUAACAUAGUCAAUGAAAACUCGAAGUAUUUUGCAGUUUUACCGGAACUAGAUCCAGAAGUUCUCUCCCAAGUCAGUGACAUAAUUACUGAACGACCAAACGAUGCCUACACCAAAAUAAAACAGCGCCUCAUUGACCAUUUCUCCAUUUCUGAAGAGAAGCGCAUAAAAACUCUGCUAAAUGAAUUACCAAUUGGUGACAAGAAACCAAGCCUUUUAUUACGAGAAAUGCGUAGUCUAGCCAACGGUGGUGUCAAAGAUGAGUUCCUCCGCACUAUGUGGCUUCAGCGUUUACCUCCUCAGACUCAAGCAAUUUUACCCACUUCCUCGAAUAUCACGAAGAUCUCGUAG